UGAGAUCAAAGAAAUGGUCGGACCACCGUACGAUUGCCUGGCGAACCCUCUCGGAGUUGUCCGAUUGACGUUCGAAAAGGCGAUAGGGUCUGGUUGGCACCCUUCCUCCUUCGAUGGCAAAGAUUGGGGUGCCGUCGACCUCUUCGGCCACUUUCUCUUCGACCAAUGACACCUCUCUCAGGUUUAAUCUAGUGCCGAGAAUCUUCUGGUGUUUAGUUUUCAAAAGUGAUGUUUAAUGUAGGUUCAUCAGCGCCUGUCUUGCAAGUAAUGAAGUUGUCUCCCAACUAGAACAUGUUUGUUACAGACGGAGAUGCCAGCUGAUGUCCAAUUGCUAAUAUUGUCCGAGGGGAAAUCAAACACCUUGCCAGCUGAUAUAAUUAUGCCCUUCCAGCCUUCUUCAGUUGAUUCCUCAGAAUUUGUGCCUAAAGAAGCCCUAGAGGCACAAAUUCUGAGUUGAUGAACUUCAGUUGAUUCAAUUUCAGUUCAAUUUAUUCAUGGUUCGAGUCAUAUACGAGUUUGAUCCAGUUCGAUCCAAUUUCAGUCUGGUUUAAACCGGUCUCGUUCUGAUUUGGCCCAUAGCCGGGUUUAGCUGAUAGCAUAAAAUUCACGGGGUUACUUUGUAAAUAAAAAAAGUUUCAUUUUCCAUUUGAAAAAUCUCCGAGAAUUUAGAAAGAAAGUGCAUUGACCUUCGAUUGUCAUCUUCAAUCAAAUCCAGAAAUCGAGAUUGAGAUCUUAUUGUUAAGCAGAAUGAGGAGGUCUCGUCUGGAUUCGAUCCUCUCCACGUUCGUCUCCGUUCACCCUCACGAAGUCUCAUCUGUGCUUCACUCUUCCUCUUGUUUCUUCUUCAUUUUGAGCGCGUAUUUUGUGGUGUUGCCGUUGCGGGACGAGGGCGCGAUCUCGUUAGGGUUAUCGAAUCUACCUGGUUUGUUUGUUGGAUCCUUGGCUCUCACGCUGAUCGCUGCUCCUUUGUCCACUCUUAUUUUCUCCUUGCCUAAUUUCUCUAAAGCAAAGGCUUUGCUUUUGAUACACAGAUUUUUUAGUGUAUCACUUGUUGUGUUCUUCUUUCUGUGGCGUUCCUCAUCAAGUGGAAUUUCCCCAUUCAAAACCAAGGGUACAGUUUCCAUAUCCACUGAAUUAAAGGAGGAUCUAAAAGUUGAUGUCAAUGAAGCUGGUUCACCUGCAUAUUCUGGCAGUUGGGAUGACCACGGAUGGUUUUACAUUUCUGUGAGAAUUGCAUUGUUCCUCUGGGUUGCUCUGCUUAAUCUUAUUACCAUCUCUUCAACUUGGGCUAGAGUAAUUGAUGUGAUGGACAGUGAGUCAGGUUCAAGAUUGUUUGGAUUCAUUGGGGCUGGUGCUACACUUGGCCAGCUUUUUGGGUCAUUAUUUGUCACAAGAAUGGCUUGGUUGGGACCAUUUCUGCUUUUGUUUGCUGCUUUGUUGAUGGAACUUGCUGCACAGUCAUCAAAAGGGAUCAAGAAGGACAUAUCCCAACUUCCUGAAGAAUUAUCUCCCAUAAGAAAGGCUGAUCCUGAUCAGCAUAGUGAGGAUGAUAAACAGACAUCAGCAUUUUUCAAAGUUCUUUCUCCCAAGUCACCUACAUCUAGAGUGAAGCCUCAGUUUUUGGCCAUCUUAGAUGGAUUUUGGCUUAUUUUAUCUUCAACUUAUUUAUUGUAUGUGUCCUUAUUCCUGUGGCUGAGUGCAGUUGUCUCCUCAUUCUUCUACUUCCAGAAGGUGACUGUAAUCGCUAUGACUGUUACUAGUUCUCUUGGCAGAAGAAGAUUGUUUGCCCAGAUAAAUAGCUUCAUUGCAGUUUUUAUCCUUGCUGGACAACUUACAUUAACGGGGCGCAUCCUUACUAUAGCUGGGGUUACUACAGCUAUAUGCUCUGCUCCAGUUGUUGCCUUUUUAAAUUUGGUUGCUGUUGCUGUUUGGCCGACUUGGAUAGCAUUUGCCAUCUGUGAGACUUUAAGAAAGGUCGUUACUUAUGUAGUGACCAGGCCAGGAAGAGAACUCCUAUUUACUGUUGUUUCGGAGGAAGAGAAAUACAAAGCAAAGGUGUGCAUAGAUGUAAUUGUCCAACGGCUGGGAGAUGCUACAGCAGCAGGAAUGUAUAAACUACUAUUCAGCAUUCUUCAUGAGAAAGCCUCAACUGUCUCCUUGUAUGCCUUGCCUGUCUGUUUAAUGUGGAUAGUUACAGCAUUCCAUUUAGGACAGCGCCAAGCACAACUUGCCAAGCUCCAGAAUGUCUGAACUUCCGGAAUUUUUCUUUGAACAGCAGUCGUGUAAAGUUUUUCUUGGGCAGACGCAAAGAUCAAUCAAUCAGUUUUCUUUAAAAGUACAGUUAUCAUUACGCAAGCAUUUAAUUAAUGACAUUGAUAGGAAGAGCAUCGUUUCCGCAUCAAAUGUUUUAUUCUGCGUUUUCCAUUGACUUGAUCAAGAACCACUUUCAUUACCAAGACACUUUCGUUGCUGUUUAGACUACUCUCGGAUUUCAUUGAGCUGGAAUGAGGUUGUUCUGUGAUAAGUACUUCCCUUGCAGCCACUGGCAUAGUUUUGGCAUGCACUGAAGUUUAAGCUCCCAUUGAGAUGUCAGUUGCAAUGAUUCAGAAAUCUAAGAUAGAAAAGUUUAUAUUCUUUUAGUUCAGGAAACGCUCCAGCCCCACGAUAAGAUCUGAAAUCAAUAAAAACUGGUUUGUUCUCUUUUGCCGGUUAACAACUUGUAAGCUUGAAAACACAUUCUCAGUGGACAGUAAACUAGGAAACUGCGGACAUGAACUAUUGUAUUGGAUUUAGAUCAUACAAAUGAAUUGCAUCUAGACUAGCAUUUACUGAUACCUUAUGUACUACAAUUUAGUAACAAAAAGGCCGACUGUUGGAUUGCA